GCAGGUUUCGUGCCGAUAACUUGAACAAGCUGAAGAACCUGUGCAGCAAAACCAUCGGAGACAAGAUGAAGAAAAAGGAACCAGUGGGGACGGACGAGUCCGUACCGGAGAGCGUGCAGAACCUCGACGAGCUCACGGCCGACGUCCUGGGGACUCUGCAGGUAUCGCAGAUCAAGAAAGUCCGUCUCCUCAUCGACGAAGCCAUCCUCAAGUGCGACGCCGAGCGUGUGAGGCUGGAAGCAGAACGUUUCGAGAGCCUGCGGGAGAUCGGGAACCUCCUCCACCCUUCGGUGCCCAUCAGCAAUGAUGAGGACGUGGACAACAAGGUGGAGCGGGUCUGGGGCGACUGCAGCUGCAGGAAGAAGUAUUCGCACGUGGACCUGGUGGUGAUGGUGGACGGUUACGAGGGAGAGAAGGGGGCCAUCGUCGCAGGAAGCCGGGGCUACUUCCUUAAGGGUCCCCUGGUGUUUUUGGAGCAGGCCCUGAUCCAGUACGCCCUGCAGAGCCUCCGCGCCAGGGGCUACACUACCGUCUACACCCCCUUCUUCAUUCGCAAGGAGGCGCUCCCGCG